AGAGAUAGUUAGAGUGUGGGGCAGUGGCGCUGUGUGGUCAAAAGUCUUCUUCCAGCUUAAGAAUAGAUCUGGUCCACUCAUCAUCAUCGUUACCUACGGUGGGUCCAACAGCCGUUUUUCCCGAGAAUCCGUCUUUAAUUUGCAUCAAUCAAAUCAUCGGCCAACCCACUGAAACUGCACUCUCUAAUUCCCUUCCACUGUUACAAAACUUUGCAUGCACCGCCGUCCACUCGCUGAUUGGCUACUUCUUUCUAUAAAUACUCUUUCAUUGAUUCUUCUUCUCUCAGUUCUCAGCUUCCACUCAAACUCUAACGAUAAUUCUGUAUUCUUUUAAUUCAGUAUGAAAUUUCCUAUUGGCGUGGUGAAGCCAUGCAGCAACUACAAAGACUUGGUUCUCACGAAAUGUUGCGUCACGGCCACCACCACCACCACCUCCGCCGCCGCCGCCAGUAACAUCUCUUCUCUGAAGCAGAUUAACACUAAGUCUUUAGCAGCUAAAAACCCAAAAUUCUCAUUGAGCUCAGUUGAAUAUGGCUCUCUCACUCACUCAGUCAAACUAGGAAAGAAUUGGAUGGAAUAUCAAGGAAGCAACAAUUGGGAAGGUUUGCUCGACCCACUGGACCAUAAUCUACGAACUGAAAUUCUACGUUAUGGGCAAUUCGUUGAAGCAGCUUAUCGCUCUUUCGAUUUUGACACUUCUUCUCCGACUUUUGCUAUGUGUAAACACCCCAGGAAUUCACUUUUCACACGCUCCGGAAUCGGAGAAACUGGCUAUAAAAUGACAAAGAAUCUACGAGCCACUGCUGGAGUACAGUUACCAAGCUGGGUUGAUAGAGCGCCAAGCUGGGUCUCCACACGGUCAAGCUGGAUUGGUUACGUGGCAGUUUGCCAGGACAGGGAAGAGAUUGCGAGGCUUGGAAGACGUGACGUGGUGAUUGCCUUCAGAGGAACGGCUACUUGCUUAGAAUGGCUCGAAAAUUUACGAGCCAACUUAACGGGUUUACCCGAUGAUAUGGCUCGUGAUAAUCAUGUUCCUAAAAAAUGCAGGGCCAUGGUGGAGAGCGGAUUUCUGAGUCUCUACUCUUCAAGAACAGACACGUGUCCUAGUUUACAAGAAACGGUGAGAGAAGAAAUUUUAAAGAUUAUUGAAAUGUACGGUGAUGAACCACUUAGUUUCACCAUCACCGGUCAUAGUCUGGGAGCUGCACUUGCUACACUUACAGCUUACGAUAUAAACUCAAGCUUUCCCAGUGCACAGAUGGUGACUGUUAUUUCAUUCGGAGGGCCACGUGUAGGCAACAGAAGCUUUAGAUGCCAGCUGGAAAGAAGUGGGACCAAGAUUCUUCGUAUCGUGAAUUCAGAUGAUCUCAUAACGAAAGUACCUGGAUUUGUGAUUGAUAAUAAUGAAGUGGCAAACAAGGAGGCGGUAAACGUGGCAGGAAUUCCAAACUGGUUUAAAAAGCGCGUGGAAGACACACAGUGGGUUUAUGCUGACGUGGGAAAAGAGCUGAGACUUUGCAGCAGGGAUUCUCCUUACCUCAGUAAUGUUAAUGUGGUGACUUGUCACGAGCUCAGUACGUAUCUCCACUUAGUUAAUGUAUCGUGAGUUCCACGUGUCCAUUUAGAGACUCGGCAAGAGCUUGUUUUUUUGAAUUUUAAAAAAAUUCAUACAAGUGUGUGUAUAUGAAG